AUGGCUCUUUCAAACGAGGAAAGACUCAGUCUCAUUAAGGAGAACCUUGCGGAGGUACUCAACCCCGAGAUCAUCGAGGGCAUCCUCGCCGAGGGCCGUAACCCCAAGAUCUACUGGGGCACUGCGACUACCGGUCGACCUCACUGCGGCUACCUCGUCCCCGCUGUCAAGAUUGCGCAGUACCUAGCUGCCGGAUGCGAAGUCACCGUCCUCCUCGCCGAUAUUCAUGGCUUCCUCGACAACCUGAAGGCUCCUAUCGAGCUUGUCGAGAAGCGCGCCGAGUACUACAAGUUUGUCGUUGAGUCCAUGCUCAAGUCCUGCGGGGUCUCUACCGAGCAGCUGCGCUUUGUCCUUGGUAGCUCUUACCAGAAGACCUCCGACUAUGUUAUGGACCUGUACAGGCUAUCUUCAGUCGUUUCGGAGCACGAUGCCAAGAAGGCUGGCGCUGAGGUUGUCAAGCAAACCGGCAAUGCACCUUUGAGUGGUCUCAUGUACCCUCUCCUGCAAGUAUUGGAUGAGCAGUACCUCGACUGCGACGUUCAAUUCGGCGGUGUUGAUCAGAGGAAGCUCUUUGCUGCUGCCACUGAGUGGUUGCCCAAGCUCGGAUACCGAAAGCGCGCCCAUCUGAUGAACCCCAUGGUUGCUGGACUCAACGGUAACAAGAUGAGCUCCAGUGAUGAGAACAGCAAGAUUGAUCUCCUAGACUCCCCUGAGGCUGUAGCCAAAAAGAUUCGCAAGGCCGAGUGUGUCCCCAAGGAGGUUGAAGGCAAUGGUGUCCUAGCACUCGUGGAGUAUGUCCUGUUACCUGCUUCAGGCUUGAGAACAGGGACCCGGGAGUUCAAGGUCGAGAGACGGGAUGCCGAGCCUCUCGUUUACAGCGACAUCAAGCAGGUCCAUGAGGACUACCGAAACGAUGUGCUGACACCUCAAACCCUGAAGGCUGCGGUCACGGAAGGCAUCCUUGCCCUGAUGAACCCCAUUCAGGCUGAUUACCAAGCCUCAAAGGAGUGGCAGGAGGUCACUCUCAAGGCCUAUCCCCCGCCUGUGAAGAAGGAGAAGAAGGUCAAGAACUUGGGAACACGAUUCCCUGGCGCCAAGGGCGGUAAGGGCGAAGCGGCCGAAGUGACCAAGAAGGCCGAGGACCUUACAAUCAAGGAUGUACAGGAGACUCAAGCUAACCCAACCGCAUAA